CCAGGUGAGCCACUGUGUGCGCACGCGGGGAGGCUCGUGACUGACUUUUGUCGAGGAUUUAACGUCGGUGGAGUCAACGUCAUCGCGUAACCUCUAACGUGCGCCCUCCCACGCCGGUGUUGCGUUUCCGCCAAGAUGGUCGUCGGCGCUUUCCCGAUCGCCAAGCUCCUCUAUCUCGGAGUGAGGCAGAUGAGCAAGCCCGUGGCGAAUCGGAUAAAAGCGGGAGCCCGGAGGAGCGAGUUCUUCAAGAACUACAUCUGUCUGCCGCCGGCACAGCUUUACCACUGGAUUGAGAUGAGAACAAAGAUGCGGAUCAUGGGCUUUCGGGGUUCCAUCAUUAAGCCGCUGAACGAGGAUGCGGCGGCAGAGCUGGGCGCGGAGUUGCUGGGAGAGGCGGUCAUCUUCUUCGUUGGUGGUGGAUGUAUGCUGCUGGAGUACAGCAGGCAGGCCGCUAACUCCCGCCGCAAAGAGGAGGAGCUGAACGAGACCAUCACAAGCCUACAGACUCAACUAGCAGAAGUAACACUUACCACAGAGACUCUGGACGCCCGGCUGAGAGAGGUCAACAGGCAGCUGCUGUUCUUUCCUGCUCCCACCAAGAAGUGAUUGAAUUAGUUCUUCGCUGUAUGGCUUGGCACUGUUUGUUGAUCUGUGUGUGAAGGAACCAACAUAGCACUGCCACAUGUACAGCCCGAUGACAACACUGCUUCACACACUGUCCCCUAAACCCACAAAGUUGGGUGGCGGGGCUGGACAUGAGCAUAUCAGUGCGCUUUGGAUUUGAGUGCUAUCAUUAGCUCAUGUUUUGAGCAACCAGUUGUAAAAGGAGAUUGCUAUGAUAUUCAUAGUGAUAUUCGGUGGUUCAUCUUGCAUGUUCAUUGUAAGACUUGAUUGUAUGUGAAGAUUUAAAGUACAAGGCAAUGGUGAACCUAACCUUACUAUAUUUGGUAAAAGGUCCAACACAUUACUUUUUAUUUCAGUGAUCCUCAUUGAUCUUACUCGCUUAGGAAACUCAGAUUCUAAUGCUUCGUUGACUUCAGUUGUGAGUGGCUCUAUAAUGCCACUCAAAAACAGACAAACAUCGGGUCACAUUGGUGGAUUGUUUUCGACAGUAUCCGCCCCUACAGAUUCAUGCUCAUGUCACAUUGUAUAUACGCUACUGGUUCAUGUACACUGGAUGUGAUGACAACUGUAAAGGGAAGGUAUAAAAUAAAACCGUACGGUGUCUGUCA